UAGAGUUAUCAAAUAGAAACAGCUCAAACGACACUGAUUAAAGCGGCCAAAAAAUGGAGAACUUGAGCUACGCCUGCAAUCCAAGAGUAGUAGCUUCCAUGAUGGUUUCUUCUCUUCUUCUUCUCAUCAUCGUCUCCCGACAUCAUCGCCAGCUCCAACUUGGAAGAAAUUCCCCUCUCGAACAGUCGUCAACGGUCAUAUUUUCAGAGCCAUCCUGCCUCAGCAGGAGCCAGUUACAUUUGAUGAGGAGCUCUGCAUCUUCAUCUCCAAACUCAAAUAAUCAGAAACCUCCUCCACUGUCUCCUUACCUCCUUUCCAGGCUCCGAGAUUACGAACAUCGUCACAAGCGCUGCGAUCCCCUCUCCGAGCCCUUCCAACGGUACUCUCAGGAGCUCGACAGGGUAAAGAAUUCCCCCGACUCCCUUGUCAGGAAAAAUGCAGACUCUGCAUCCGAUUGCAGAUACAUUGUCUUCACGCCAUUUGCUGGAAUGGGGAACAGGAUGCUAGCAUUGUCCUCUGCAUUUCUCUACGCUCUCCUCACCGAUCGUGUCCUCCUCGUCGAUUUCGACCCCUCGAUGCGAGGUCUCUUCUGCGAUCCGUUUCACAACUCGACCUGGCUCCUUCCGCAAGAAUUUACUUUCAUGGACCGAGUCAAGAGUCGGGAGUUCAAGGAAGUUUUCAGCCUUGGCAGCUUGUUGAAGAACCAGAACCAGAACCAGAACCAGAAGCUGGCGGAUGUUACAUCACUCCUCCAGCUUGAUCUUUCGACCGAAUACAACGAUUACGACAAGCUCUUCUACAGAGACGAGACUCAGGAACUCAUGAAGAAUGUCCCCUGGCUGGUCCUGAAAUCAAACCAGUACUUUCUGCCUUACUUGUUCCUGUUGCCCUGCUUCAGGACAGAAUUGGACCAACUGUUUCCUGACAAGGAGAUUGUUUUCCACCACUUAGCCAGAUACCUCUUCAACCCAUCAAAUCAAGCCUGGGGCCGCAUCAGCAGAUUCUACGACGCUUACUUGGCGCGAGCAGAACAGAGGAUCGGGCUUCAGAUUCGGGUCCUCGACCCCGAAAACUACCCACCUUCAUUCAUUUUGCCACACAUAUUGAGGUGCAUUCAGGACGAAUCUCGAAUCCUGCCACGAUUACAGCGAAAUGAGACAAUCACAUCGCGAAUCGGGACAUCGAAGGCAGUUUUCAUCGCGUCAUUGUUAACCGAGUUCUACUCGGAGUUGAAGGACAUGUACUGGACAAGGCCGAUCGCUGAUGGGGAGGAAACAGCAUCGGUUGCGGUUUAUCGGGCGAGUCACGAGAGGAACCAAGAGUCUUAUAGCAAUUCACACAACAUGAAUGCGCUAGUGGAUAUAUAUCUUCUGAGCAUGUGUGAUUUUCUGGUUACCACACAGGUUUCCACUUUUGGGUAUGUGGCUUUUGGUCUUGCAGGGGUGAGUCCCUGGUUUUUGCGGGAUCCAAGCGAUUAUGAGAGGAAACCUUCGGAACCAGCUUGCCACCGUGCGGUUUCGCCGGAGCCGUGUUUCCAGUUUCAUCCUACUGAUUAUGACCCCAUUGCGGCUCUUCAUCGUGGAGCGACGGGGCCUGCUCCGGUAAUUAUGUACUGUGAAGAUGCUAUAUGGGGAUUCAAGCUUGCAAAUAUGAUGAGUUUUUGAAUAGGCCAAAAGCUUGAAAGGUAAAAACAUGUUGGCUUGUCGUACAAGAUCAAAGUAAAAAAAAAAGGCACUUGGAUUUAGUUUUACUUUGUGCACCAAGUUAGAACUAAUUUCGACCGAAAUUUUACAACGUAACUCCAACAUAGACGUAUCAAACAUUCAUCCUCGCAUACACGAAGUCAAUUCAUCGUAUAUGCAACCAGGACCAAACAUAGGCUGCAAUUGCAUUUUCUUUAAUUAAGAGCAUACAAAUUU